AUGCAUCCAGCUAUUGGAUUCUUCUUCGUUGCCUCUGUGAUUGCGCUACUCGUCAGGUGGGCCAAUCGAACCGAUAUCCCAAAGAUCAAGAACCUGCCCGAACUUCCCGGGGUGCCAAUAUUCGGGAGUCUUAUCCUUCUCGGCAAGUAUCACGCCAGAAACUGUGCUAGACUGGCCAAGACAUAUGGAGAUGUCUUUCAGGUUCGCCUAGGUAACCGCAGAUUCAUUUAUGCGAACUCGUUCGAAUCGGUGAAGGAGCUCUGGAUCAAGAACCAGUCGGCACUCACCUCUCGACCAAAGUUCUGGACCUUCCACGACGUUGUUUCUCAAACCCAGGGAGUGUAUACUUUGGGAACCUCACCAUGGUCUGAAUCCCUCAAGAGAGCCCGUAAGGCGGCAGCUACCGCUCUCAACAGGCAGGCAGUUCAGACGUAUCUUCCGUUCAUCGACUUGGAGUCCACGGCCAGUAUCAACGAGCUAGUCCAGAACAUUAAAAAUGGUUACGACAUCGACCCCAAUGGUUAUUUCCAACGCUUCUCGUUGAAUAUCAGCCUGACGCUGAACUACGGCAUCCGCAUCCAGGGCACUGUCAAAGACAGCACUCUCAAUGAAGUCGUUGCCGUUGAGCGAGAGCUGGGAAACAUCCGCGGCAUUGCCCAUAACUGGCAAGACUAUGUUCCUUUGCUCCGAAUCCUACCGGGGUACAAGUCGAAUGCCAUAAAGUAUCGAGGUCGAAGAGAUGAAUAUAUCCUCAGCUUCUUCAACCAGCUGAAGGAGCGCAUCGCAAACGGUACCGACCACCCGUGCAUCGCUGGCAAUUGCCUAAAAGAUCCGGAGGCUAAACUCGCUGAAAAUGAGCUGAAGUCGAUCUGUUUGACCAUGGUCGCUGCUGGCCUUGACACUUUGCCUGGAAACAUCAACAUGACGAUCGCCUACCUCUCGUCACCGCAUGGCCAGGAGAUCCAAGCGCGAAUGUACGACGAAAUCAUAAAAUCUUAUCCUGGACAAGACCCGUGGCAUGGGUGCUUGUACGAAGAAACGUCCGAGUACGUGAUUUCCUUUGUGAAGGAGGUGCUUCGCUUCUGGUCGACUCUCAAUUUGUCCUUCUACCGCCAAAGUGUUAGUGAUAUCAAUUACAAGGGUGCUGUCAUCCCUGCGGGGACGCCUUUCUUGAUGAAUAUGUGGGCAGCCAAUCAUGAUCCUGCACACUUCAAGUCACCCAUGGAAUUUAUCCCUGAUCGCUUCAUGGGACAGUCUGGCGUCGGAGAGGGAACGCAACACUUUGGCUAUGGCGCUGGAACCCGGAUGUGUGCGGGUGUUCAUUUGGCGAACCGAGAACUGUAUAUUAUCUUCACUCGCCUAGUGCUAGCCUUCCGCAUCCACGAGGCCACCGACCCCAAGGACAGGCCGAUAUUGGACACCAUUGAGUGUAACUCGGUGCCGACAAGCAUGGUCACUCAGCCCAAGCCGUUCAAGGUCAGAUUCAUCCCCAGAGACCAGAAACAGCUUGAGACCUGGAUCAGUCAGAGCUAUGCCAACACUGCACACCUCUGA